GAGACUGCUUCUAUGCAUGCAAAACGGGGAGAGACAGAGAAAUGUCAAAAGGGAGGGGGCGAUACAAGGAAAGAGUGAAGCAUUAUCAGCGACAGAUGAGAGUGGUGUGACUGAAGCUCACUGUAUAUGUGUGUGCGGGCGACAGAGGAUCAGAUAGGAGUGAACACGAGAGAGGAGCACAUUAGUCCUGCCUGCUGCAGCAGGGGAGAGGGGGGGCCAUGCCACCAGCACCUUUCAGGCACCUUACAAGACAGCUGGUCAGCACACAGACAUGCAUUGGAAGCCAGAGGGGAUGUUCUUAACUCAAUGGUGUAGGGGUUUUCUCUGUUUGGGGCAACUGCUAGCAUGGACUCUUUUGCUGAAGACUGGCGGGUAGAGUGGUACUCUGAAUCCUAACUGUCUGAAAAAGUACUUCUGUUCUGCACCUUCUUGUUUGUGACAAUGGGAGAAAUUUGUCAUUGGAUGGAUUAAUACUGCCAAUUAAAUUCAGGGGUAAACCCUUUUUUACCUGUCAGUUUGUAUCCCUCCCCUCCCCUGCCCCACUUAACCUGUGAAACCACCUGCGCCAUGAGACGGUCGAGUACGGAUGAAUCUACUUACCAUCGCAGUCCUUCCCUGGACAGCAAAGACUACUCUCUCCCCCAAGGUAGUGCCUUCCGGCGCUACAGCAGCCUCUACGGAGGGCAGUUUGGGGCAUCGGCAGGGGGCUCAUUUUUUGGGUUCCACACUAACCCCGGUCCCAAAGCUACAAAAUCCAAGUACACUUCCCCAAAGGGCAACAAGUACGUGGUUUUUUACCUGGAUCUCUCCUUCAUUUUCCUCCUAGAGCUGAAGAGGUGCAGGAUGGCACAAAACUGCCUGCAGUGUAUGAAAUAUCUCAUGUUCAUCUUCAACCUCCUUUUUUGGCUAGGAGGAUGUGGGAUCCUUGGAGUGGGUAUCUGGCUGGCCGUUACACAGGGGAACUUUGCCACGCUCUCCUCCUCUUUUCCUUCGCUAUCUGCUGCCAACCUGUUGAUAGCUACAGGAACCAUCGUGAUGAUCGUGGGCUUUCUGGGCUGCAUUGGUGCUAUUAAGGAGAACAAAUACCUUCUCCUGAGUUUCUUUAUCUUGUUGCUGAUCAUCUUCUUACUGGAGCUUAUUGUGGUUAGCCUCUUCUUUAUCUACACUGACAAGAUUGACCGAUAUGCUCAGCAAGAUCUGAAGAAGGGCCUUCACUUGUAUGGGACGGAAGGAAACAUAGGUCUUACUAAUGCUUGGAGCAUCAUCCAAACUGAUUUCAGGUGUUGUGGGGUUGCAAACUACACUGACUGGUUUGAGGUGUACAACACAAGCCGUGUGCCAGACUCCUGCUGCUUGGAGUUUAGUGAGAACUGUGGCCUGCACUCCCCAGGAACGUGGUGGAAAGCGCCUUGCUAUGAGACUGUCAAAAUUUGGCUUCAUGAGAAUCUCGUUGCAGUUGGGAUUUUUGGGCUCUGCACAGCUCUUGUACAGAUCCUGGGACUCACAUUUGCCAUGACAAUGUACUGCCAGAUGGCAAAAACUGACACUUACUAUGCUUAAGACAUCAACUUACCCCCACAUCUCCCUGACCCGGUUUCAAGGAGAAGUUCCCUGGGAGGAAAUCCAUGUGGUUUUCACAGCAGAUCUACCUUUAGUUCUGUUCUUCCUCCUCUUUUGAUACCGCCUACAGCCUCCAAAGUGCAACAAGUCCUUGACACAUCACUGUGUUCUCUGGGUAUGGAGUAUGGACAGCGGGUGGGAGGUGGACAACCUGAUACAUGACCCUGAGGCAGAACAGCGCUACUAAGAAAAGACAAUUUUUCUGUGAAACCCAA